GUAUAAUCACGGCACGACAAUGGAAAUGGGUUAAUGUAAAUAAAUAAUUGAAAACUUUUUAGUUUCGACUUUAAACCCAAAAUAUGGAAAAAUUGUAACAAAAAUCAUGUUUAGUUAUGAUGUUAGGUUUUUCUCAAACGAUGACAGUAUUUGUAUUAAAAACAAUGACCUGAAAAGUUUUAAGUAUGAAACUACAAAGAAACUUGAAGAUUCUAUAUAUGAUCAUGGGAAGCGUAACUAUUGUGAACGACGCGGCGGUUUGUGGAGAAGCCAAAAAGUCCCUCAUUUUCGGCGAUUAGAAUCAAAACUGAGAGAGCUUACUGUACUAGCUUGCGAAUGGAGCAGUGAUACACUUGCCACACUCGUCUUCUCCACUGGAGCCAUUGCUCAUAUAACUAUAAAAACGAGUACACUGGACAUUACUCAAAUUUUAUUUGAUAGAUAUUGUGUUGGAAAAUUGAUAGGUCAAACUGUUUCAGAUGUUGUAUACUGUAGAAGUCACAUUUUAUUUGUUCAUCCCGAGAAGGUAGCAACAUUAGUUGUUUUUGGGAAAAUAAAUUCAAAUAAUGUGCCAACUAGAAUCUCAGAUAGGGAACCUCAUUUACAAAGUCUUGAGCUAGGUGGUAGCUCGAGGCGUACAGAGAGGCAGGUCUCAUCAUGUGAAAAUGGGAACAGUGUCAGAAUAUUGGUUUGGUGUACUAAUGUAGCAGAACCAGCCCCAUGGACUCCAGUUAUUGAGGAUCAUGCAAAUUUACACCUGUACCAUAUUGAUGGGCAGCAAGUGUCCUUAAUUGCUUAUCAUCAACUAGAAAGCGAAACAUUAUUUGCUCAAAUAUCACAUAGAAAUUGGAACAUAAUACAUAUUGUAGAACAAGCGUCUUGUCACAAGAGUGGUGUCGAAUUAAUUUGGAUUAGAUUUGACAUCCCUAAAUCUGACAGAGUGACGCAACUGUCAACCCUAGAUGAGACAGUGACACACGCAGUGCUGCCAUCGCCCGCGCGCCUCGCUCGCCGCUCCCCGUGCGACCAGAGGUUAUUGGCCGCAUGUGUGGACGGCUCAGUGCAUAUACUACACCACAUAUCAGGACUAACACACUCAAUAAGGGCAGGGUUUAUAGCAACAGAUGUGAUAUGGGCUGGAGAGCUAGUGGUAGUCAGCGAAGAGUCAGGCAGGCUCCAGUGUUUUGACCGAGCACUGUCUCUUUUACACCAUCACACUAAGUGCCUGGAUCUCACCUCAUAUUUCCGGGAGUCCCGUAGAAUUCAAAUCUUAGCGACCCAUAGCUUUGGCAGCGGAUCACUUAUAUUGGCUAUGUUUAAUGGUGGGCCACUCAGUUUAUUACGCAUCAACCAUCCAAGAUUGAUCAAGUCAUGGCUCAAACUCAGUAGGCCAUCAAACGCCAUAGAACUACUGCGCACAUUAGACUGGGAGACUGAAGGUGACGAGUGCCUGCAUGGGAUAAGUGAAGUGAUCACCUCAACUCUACGGCGAUCGUUUGAUGUGAACUCCGAGAGCGCCAUACAAGGCGCGUUGGCCGUGUACUUGGCGCCCAAUGCGACACUCCCGCCAUCUGCUGUCAAAUAUGCACCACCCGUGCACGAUCUCGCCAGGAAGUUCUUCCAUCACCUACUCAGGCGUGGGCGAAUAGAGACGGCGAUGAGUCUGGCCGUGGAGCUGGAAGCGUGGGAUCUGUUCAUGGACGCUCGCUGGGCCGCGAGCAGAGCAGGGCUGGAGGACCUGGCACGAGAGGCUGCAGCCUGCGUGGCCCACUAUGCACCAAACCAUACUGACGGACCUGGUUCAGAAUGCUCAGAUUCGUGUUCCCAAUGCAGUUCACAAUCAACGGAUUCUGAGGUCGAACGGAGCGCUAUUGAGAAAAGAAAAAUGAAUCCUCCCCCAUUGCCCCGCGUACAACUGCCCCCGCACCCAACAAUACCCGUUCCUAUCACACACAACGAAGCCCCGUCUACGACAAGUAUACGCCCAAACUUACAUCAGUACCUAGACAAAGAUGAUACUAUUUACAUCAAAAACGCAGAACAGAUGCUCGGCAUGAAACAAUCACAGCAGAACAGAUGGAACAGCGUGGAUGUACUGAAUUAUAGCAGAAUUAAUGAAGGUAGUAAGAAAAGUGGGGAGUUGCAGCAAUAUGGCAAGGUUUCCACUCAUUUCAAUCAUUUGUUCCCCGAUUUGCCGACGUAUCGUUUCAACAGCGGUGUGCACUCGAGUAAUGCGAAUUUCAAUGAAAGAUAUCGUCAGGAUAAGACGGUUUGGACUGGGCCGAAACCGCUUGAGAAGAAUAAGGUUAAGUUUUCUGAUACAGUUACUGUUGCUGUUGUGCCGACUCAAACUCAGUCGGAUGUGGCUCGGGAACUAGCGGAUAGUCUUCCCCUCUGUCCGCCAAACAAAUACCUCACGGCGUUCACACCGCAAGCGCAGAGCACUCAGGCGAGAGGGCACGAUCUCCCCUCCCGCUCUAUCUACCCGAACGACGACGCGCACUCGGCCACCUUCGGUACUGCACUCGACUACGUCGAAGUGUGAAGCAUGCCAGCACUAUAACACCCUCUUCGUCUACCAAUCCGCCUAAGAUUAAAGUCGUCCACUUUGGUAUGGUAUAGGUAAUUAAUGGAACAGUAUUAUGAACUGGAUAUAAUUGUUAUAGUUAAGUAAUUAUUACAGUUGUUUUAUUUACUAUAGACCGUGUCAACGUUAUUUUAAUAAUAAAUUAUUAAAUUUAAGAGAUGGUGGACCAUUUACAAGUGUUGAUAUAAUUUUGGUCCCACAAAUAAAAUCUAUGUAUAUUGUAUACCUAAUAUAUAUUUUACCCGGUUAUUCAUAAUGAAACGCUUAUCGAAGGCAUAAACCUAUGUUUUAAGCCUAUUGAACGUUCGAUAGAAUCCUUUAUUCAUAAUCUUUCAUAAAUAUCUGAUAACUAACAUGCCUCUUUCGUAAACAAUCUUCCCAUUUCGGACAAAAUGACGUGAUUUUAAUCUAUGUAUCGAGUUUUUAGAGCUUCCUAUGUUGAACGUGAUUGUGAGUAUUUGUUUGUGGUACGUCAAUGUAACAUCAAUUACACAAUAUCGGAAAUAUGAUAUUUUGCACUAUGACUACCAUUUUGAGAGAGAGUGUAUAAUGAAGUUUUAAACCGCCGAUAAUUCAUUAUGAAUAAGACCAUCUAAAUUCUUGUCCACAUACAAAGAGUGAACGAAACAUCUCUCUUCUCUUUCGCCCGCCUCGCGACAUUCACUCUCUCAUUCCAUAGCUUUCUUUUUCUGUCGUUCGAUAUAUUAUGUGGAUCCGGCUUCACUGCUCAGCGCACGUUUACACAGCAGUCCGUUUAACAUGUCUUUUUUAUCGUAUACAUACGUUUUCAUUCGGCGAAAGCGUAUGUAGUUGUAUAAGCCACAGAUAACAGAAUUAAAACACAUCCGCUGUAUCAGAUCUUUUGUUUUAUGAUUGAUUGUCCACUAUUAGGUAAUAUUGCUACAUAGAAAUCAGAAGGAUACCUUCUACGUUAUAUUGUUAUUAUGUUCUGAAAACUGUCACACAUAACCGCUGUUCUACGAUUAACGUCCGCUUUCUAUAAGUAAAUCCUAAAUUAGCGAUCCGAUAUAUUUAAUAUAUAAGAAUCUUGGAUAUGUUUUGAUUUGCGCAUUUCAAUAAUGAUUUAGGGAUUACGUACGUAAUGGCGAUCUCUUUUUUCAAUCGAUCUUUGGGAGAAUGGAUUUUUUACUUAGUAACUAUUAAUAUUUAUGGGUAUGAAAAUUUAAAUUGCAAUAUUGAAAUGCAGAUUUAGGAUCAUUCGCCGGAUGACAUAAGGACAAAUCAGGUUGUAAAAUAAUUGUGUUUUUAGGUGAAAAGGUGAUAAUUUUAGUUAGAUUUGUUGAUUUAUAAUCCGUCCAGUAAUUGUAAGUAAUGCCUAAGUAGUUAUAAUAAUUUAUAAUUUGACUAGACCUCAUUAUAUAGACUAUUUCAAUGGUUGUGAUGAAUGUGAGUCUUCCUUAACAGAAUUAUAUAAAAUACAUUACUUUCCUUUUACUAUGUUAUGGAACAUCUGUAAGUUAAUGAUAUAAUAUUAAGGGACAUUCUAUGCGUAAAAAUAUAUUUAUUAUGUAUUGUUAUUUAAUUAUUAUUAGCAGCCUGCAACGGGUGAUGUUCUAACAAUUUAAUGUUUUUAGAUUUAUUUCAAUUCUGAAUUUAGAUUCCAUUACAUUAACUUCGUUAUACUAUAGAUAUUAAUAAAAUCUGUAAUAUAUUAUGCGCUUCCAGAAAUACUGUAUUUUUAAUAAAGUCUUAUGGAUUAUUUA